GUCGUAAGACAGCAUAUCUACCAUUUACAAAAUUACAACUUGUCAUUACCUUAAUAAAGGUUACUCUUACUAAAAAAACUCGGAUCUUUUUUCUUAACACAAUAAUAUGCUAGAUCGAAAAUAAAUUAAAAACAAAACAAAAAAAAAGUCAAAACUGUUGCUGUACGUGUACCAUUCAAAUUGCGAAUCCAUGAGAUUCUUCUUAUCACCACCUCUCCACUGUUUCUGAUUUCUUCCAAGCUAGUUCUUCUCUGAUAAUCCAAAGUUGAAUUAAAAAAAAAAAAAAGUGGGUUCUUUGGAAAAUAUUCGAUUUGUAAUAAAAGACUGAUGAUGACACUAAACUCGUUAUCUCCAGCUGAAUCCAAAGCUUUUUCUUUCUUGGAAACCUCCAGGCUCAAUCAAAUCCCUAUAAUCCCAGGUGGGUUUAGUUUGAGGAGGAGGGAUCAAAGGAAAGGUUUUGGAAAAGGAGUCAAGUGUUCAGUGAAAGUGCAGCAGCAACCUGGUCCGCCUCCGGCAUGGCCCGGAAGAGCUGUUCCCGAGCCGCCUCGUCAAUCUUGGGAUGGACCAAAACCCAUCUCUAUCGUUGGAUCCACUGGUUCCAUUGGCACUCAGACAUUAGAUAUAGUGGCUGAAAAUCCCGAGAAGUUCAGAGUGGUGGCUCUAGCUGCUGGUUCGAAUGUUACUCUCCUUGUUGAUCAGGUAAAGAGAUUUAGACCUGCAUUGGUUGCUGUUAGAAAUGAGUCAUUGGUCAAUGAGCUUAAAGAGGCUUUAGCGGGUUUGGACUAUAAACCUGAGAUCAUUCCAGGGGAGCAAGGAGUGAUUGAGGUUGCUCGUCACCCAGAUGCUGUAACUGUUGUUACUGGAAUUGUAGGUUGUGCGGGACUAAAGCCUACGGUUGCUGCAAUUGAAGCGGGAAAGGACAUCGCUCUUGCAAACAAAGAGACAUUAAUCGCUGGUGGUCCUUUCUGUAUUCAAGGUUUGCCUGAAGGUGCUCUGCGCAAGAUAAUCUUGACUGCAUCUGGUGGAGCUUUUAGGGAUUGGCCUGUUGAGAAGCUCAAGGAAGUAAAAGUAGCAGAUGCGUUGAAGCAUCCAAACUGGAACAUGGGAAAGAAAAUCACAGUGGACUCAGCGACGCUUUUCAACAAGGGUCUUGAGGUCAUCGAAGCUCAUUAUUUGUUUGGAGCUGAGUAUGACGAUAUAGAGAUUGUCAUUCAUCCUCAGAGUAUCAUACACUCCAUGAUUGAAACACAGGAUUCAUCUGUGCUUGCUCAAUUGGGAUGGCCUGAUAUGCGUUUACCGAUCCUCUACACCAUGUCGUGGCCCGAUAGGGUUCCUUGUUCUGAAGUAACUUGGCCAAGACUUGACCUUUGCAAGCUGGGAUCGUUGACUUUCAAGAAACCAGACCAUGUGAAAUACCCAUCAAUGGAUCUUGCUUAUGCUGCUGGACGAGCCGGAGGCACAAUGACUGGAGUUCUCAGUGCAGCUAACGAGAAAGCCGUCGAAAUGUUCAUUGAUGAAAAGAUAAGCUAUUUGGAUAUCUUCAAGGUGGUGGAACUAACAUGCGAUAAACAUCGGAACGAGUUGGUAUCAUCGCCGUCACUUGAAGAGAUUGUUCACUAUGACUUGUGGGCGCGUGAAUACGCUGCGAACCUGCAGAUUUCUUCCGGUGCGAGACCGGUUCACGCCUGAUGAAAUAGUUGUUGGCAAGAGAUUGAUGAUUAGUGCAGUGUGAUUAAGAAUGUUGGAAGAAGAUUGUCCCAGAGAAUGGGAUUUACCUUUUAACACCGUUUUCUUUUGGCAAGGGUUACCGAUUCUAAGUUGUACCUAAUUUGUCUGUGAUCCAAACAAGCCAAAACCGAAAUUUUUAAACCAAUCAAACUGAAUUCAAUUUUAUUCCGGUUCAACUGUUACCUUUUAUUUUUCCUUGGAUUCGGUUUUUAUAGAUACGCCUCUUUUACAAAAAUAAAGAUGUAUACCAAAUAAAAUGAAAAGUUGGG